UUAUAUCGAGAAUCGCUUCUUUUCAUCUUUAUUUACAUUGCAAUUAUGUCCGAUAAUACUGAUUAUCUUGGAUAUGCUUAUGCUUUUAUAGUUACCUUAGGCGGCCUAAUUGGCUUCAUUAAAGCAGGUAGUACGACUUCUUUAGUGGCCGGCUUAUCGUUUGGUAGUUUAGCGGGAUUCGCAGCAUAUCGCGUAAGCGCAAAUCCAAGAAAUGUCGGUUUAGCAUUAGCCGUUUCUCUUGUAUUGUUAUUUGUGAUGGGAUCUCGUUUUUACAAAGGUGGAAAAUUUAUGCCAGCUGGUCUUGUCACUGUUCUUAGUUUGUUUUCAGCUGCUCGCUAUGGAUAUCGAUAUAUCUCUUAAAAUAUAACUAUACAACUUUUAUACUUAUGACAAUUUAUUAUAACUUACAAAUUUUUAAUAAGUUAUUAGUUACACUAAUUAUUUAUUAAAUAAAUACUUAAAAAUAUACAACUAAUUUCCUUUUAUUAGCUUAUCUAGAAAUUAAAAAAUAUUGUUAAUUUUCUCU